AUGCUUGUGGUAACCGCGCACUUCCUCUCGCUCAUCACUGUCGCCAACGCUAGCGUGCCGACAUGCGCCAGCCUCGCAGCUCAAGGUAGCUCCCUCUUUGAACCUCCUGCGCAAUGCGGGCUUCGAGGAAGUUUCCGAUGCAGCAGACUGGCCCUCGCCCCUGUCGUCCUGGGUGCCGCUCGCAGCACAGCAGCAAGGGCAGAUGGCGGAGGGGGUACAGGGGGCGGGGGAGGGGGGAGGGGGAGGGGAGGUUCCCCCCGGGACCCGUCCGUUGCUGCUGAGGGCGGUCGGUUCGUUCGCCUGCAGCCCAGCGACGGCAGUGGUGGCACCGGUGGCGAGCUUUGGGGCAGCGGGGCGAGCGAGAGUGAAGGGGCAGUGUGGCCGGUGCAGGGCCUGGGGCAGCUGCUGUGUGUCGCGGAAGGGGGAGAGCAGCAGCAGCAGCAGGAGCAAGAGUUUUUGCUGUAUUUCUAUGCAAGGGUGCGCGAGUGCAUGAUGGAUACGUCUCUUGCCGCUGGAGUGCGGCCGAUGCGAGCCAUGAUCGUCGCCGUGCCCCUGCCAUCGCCACCACAAGCCAAUGUCGCCAGCAGCAACGGCGGCGGCAGCGGCAGCAGCAGCAGUAGCAGCAGCACUGUGGACGAGGGCGAGCUAGCCAGGGCAUCAAUGGAGCAUCGGCGCGUUGCUCUGCACGUCGUGCUGCUGGAGGGAAAGGAGGCGGACAGCGGCAGCGGCAGCACGUCGUCUGAUGGCUCUGGGGAACAGCCUGUUCCCAUUGACGUGCCCGUUCCCUUACCUCCGACCGUGCCUGGGGGUGCUUCCGUGCCUGGGGGUGCGUCCGUCCCUGGGGGUGCGUCCAUGCCUGGGGGUGCGUCCGUGCCUGGGGGUGCGUCCGUGCCUGGGGGUGCGACUGUAGCAUCAACAGCAGCGGUGGAAGGCAGGUCACUGACGUCGGCGGCAGCGGCACCGGGGAGCAUUGAUGUGGAUCUAAUCACGGUGGCUCCCAGAGGCACAGGUGCGCUCAGAGGCACAGGUGCGCUCAGAGGCACAGGUGUGCUCAGAGGCACAGGUGCGCUCAGAGGCACAGGUGCGCACAGAGGCACUGGUGCGCCCAGAGGCACUGGUGCGCCCAGAGGCACUGGUGUUGGCUCCACUCACAACAGGACGCGGGCCUUGUCCCCUUCCCCACGCCCCACGCCCUUCCCCCUCGUCUCCCCCGCCUCCCCCACUUCCCCCUGCCGCCCCUACUCCUUCUCCUCCUCCUUCUCCUUCCGCCUCUCCUCCCCCCAACCCGCUGUUGCUCUCGGGGCCGACGGCUUUGCUUUCGUUCUCCUGCCCGACCCAACCCUCGGGCUGCCCGGGCCAAACAUGGGAUACGGCAGGAGGCCUUACCGGCAGGAGGAGAUGUUUGUGGAGUUGGAAGGGGGGGAAGAACAAUUGUGUGAGGUGGAGAACGGGGCCGUUACAUGCACCACGAUUGGCGGCAGCAGCGGCAGUGGCGUCACCCUCAACAGCAGCCUGCCACAUCAGCACAGCCUGGCAGUGGAGUUUGACACGUCAUCAACCCGUCUGUUUUCGGACCCAACGGUGCACCACGUGGGGAUCAACGUGGAUUACAGCAUGACGUCAGCAGGCCAUGCGUCCGUGCACCCCGCGGGCAUGGCCUCGCUGGGCGGCAACAAGAAGGAGAACGAGACGCUGCAUGCGUGGGUGGCCUACAACGCCACCGCCUCGCUGCUCUCCGUGCGCCUCUCCUCCUCGCCCGCCAUGCCCCCCUCCGCCCUCCUCUCCCUCCCCUUCAAUACCUGUGACCUUUUUCACAUUGCUCCGAAGGAGGACGGAGGGGAGGGGGAGGCCGUUUUGGUGCAUGCGGGGUUUGCAGCCGGCACGGGGUUGCUGCCGCUGCACACUCAGACGCACGACAUCCUCUCCUGGAAGGUGAGCGGGAGAGUGGCAGGAGUCAUGGCAAGGUCGCCGGCGCCUCUCCCCGUGUGGCAGCAGCCGUGGCUCGCCUUGCCCUUCCUCACGCCAGCUGCGCCCUUCACUGCCUCGGGUGCAGCUCGCCUCGGCAUCUCCUCGCUGCAGCUCACCCCGGGCAACCAGGAGGAGGAGUCAGGCUCCGCCUUCUUCCCCCUCCCCCUGCCCCUGCUCUCGCUCCUCCCCCCUCCUCCCCCCCGCAAGGGGAGGAACAAGGGCGGAAAGACGGAUGCACUGGUGUGCAAGGCUCGGUCCUUCACCUCGUGGUUUGCGUUUGAUCUCAGGGGAAAAGAGACCAAUGGGUUUGGGGUGGUUUUUGUGCUAAGUACUCGGCCGGGGGUGGGUCAAGGAGGGACGGGCAUGGGAUACGGCCGGGACGCGGACGAGAGGGAUGCGAAUGGGACGUGGGCGGAUGGAGGGAGGAGUGUGGCGGUGAUGUUUGAUGCCUUUAGCGGCAUUGACCCUAACUAUGCCAUUUACAAGGAUGUGGCGAUUCUCUCCAUUCACACUGACUUUAACGUGACACGGCGGCUGGCUUUUUCGUCUCAAAAGAAAUACACUUCAUCCUCGUUAUACAGCAUGAGGGUGGACUAUACGGCUGCCACUAAGACUCUAGAGGCAGUGACUUAUAAAGGGGCAACGAGGAUGGGGAGUGUGAAGCUGACGCUUGACCUGUGCUCUGUGUUCUACGAUGGCAACAGCAGCACUGAGGGAGUGAUUACGGUGUUUGCUGGGUUCAGCAGUGCCAGCACGCAGGCAUCUGUCCAGUCCAUCAAAGCGUGGACGUUCCGUUUCACAGAGUUCCCCGCAUGUCGCCUUAACAACACUGACACGUGUGCACCCGGCGUGUGCCUUGAGGGCUAUGAUGCCUCCUCCUUCUGCCUCUGCCCGCCCGCCUUCUUCCCCCUCGACUACUCUAACCCCCUCAAGCAACCCUGUAACCAAGGUUCUCAUCGUUUUUUGAAGCCCAUCCCCGUCACGUACCAUCCUUCUUGCUGCCGCCGCCCACUCUAUGUGAUUUCAAUCGACCCGGUCUGCUGGCACCCCCCGGCCCCCCGUGUCCCCCCACCCCGCAUCCCCUUUUCUACCAUCUUCCCCUCUGUCCAAUGUCCCCCUCUUUCCUCUUUCUUCCCCCAUAAUCCCCCUCUGCCCUCUGUCCCUCUGGCUUUCCCCCUUUUCCCCUCCUCCCCCGUUCCCCCUUUUCCCCUCCUCCCUCGUUCCCCCUUUUCCCCUCCUCCCCCGUUCCCCCUUUUCCCCUCCUCCCCCGUUCCCCCUUUUCCCCUCCUCCCCCGUUCCCCCCUUUCCACCUGCCCUCUAUCCACCAGUGAGCAAGGCCGCUACUCGAGUGCCAUUCUUCCCAGCACCCCCCGGCCUCACAUGCCCUCUGCUGCUCGACAUCUUUGA